GUUCCGGCAUAAUAGUCGUUCGAGUUGGCAGUCGCGUGGCCGUGUGCUAACGUUUCCCUGUAUUCGCAUAGCGUUCCCGAGAAAUAAGACUCGCGAGGUGUUCGUAUAUCGUCAGUUCGGUGCUGUGUUCGAUUCCAUCGCAUCUCCGGCAACAUGAAUGAAGAAUACGACGCGAUCGUUCUGGGCACCGGGCUCAAGGAGUGCAUACUCUCGGGUAUGCUGUCGGUCAGUGGGAAAAGAGUGCUCCACGUAGACCGCAACAAGUAUUACGGCGGUGAAUCCGCCUCCAUCACGCCACUAGAAGAUUUGUUCGCGAAAUUCAAGGCCCCGCCACCGGAUGAGAGCUACGGCCGUGGCCGCGAAUGGAACGUUGAUUUGAUUCCCAAGUUCCUGAUGGCGAACGGCUUGUUGGUGAAGCUUCUAAUUCAUACAGGCGUGACACGGUACCUGGAAUUCAAAUGCGUCGAGGGAUCGUACGUUUACAAGUCUGGGAAGAUCUCGAAGGUGCCGAUAGAUCAACAGGAAGCGCUGUCCAGCGAUUUGAUGGGUCUCUUCGAGAAGAGACGCUUCCGCAGUUUUCUGAUGUGGGUGCAAAACAUGCAAGAGGACCGACCCGAGACGUGGGACGGUUUCGAUCCUUUCAACAGUAGCAUGAGCUCCUUGUACAACAAGUUCAAUCUCGACAAAAAUACCCAAGACUUUACGGGUCACGCGCUAGCACUUUAUAGGGAUGAUGAUUACAUAAGCCAACGCGCAAUUACUACUAUAAGAAGAAUUAAAUUGUACAGCGAUAGUUUAGCACGUUAUGGAAAAUCACCGUAUCUCUAUCCUAUGUACGGAUUGGGUGAACUUCCUCAAGGUUUUGCGCGACUCAGCGCCAUUUACGGUGGAACGUACAUGUUGGACAAACCGAUCGACGAAAUUGUCGUAAAGGACGGAAAAGUUGUUGGUGUGCGUUCUGGCGAAGAGAUAGCUCAAUGCAAACAAGUAUUUUGUGAUCCUACGUAUGUACCUGAUCGUGUAAAGAAAGUAGGUCAGGUCAUAAGAUGCAUUUGCCUCUUAGACCAUCCUAUACCGAACACGGGAGAUGCUCUUUCAACGCAAAUUAUUAUUCCGCAGAAACAAGUUAACCGUAAUUCCGAUAUCUAUGUAUCUUUAGUAUCCCAUACUCAUCAAGUGGCGGCGAAGGGAUGGUUCAUAGCAAUGGUGUCUACCACGGUUGAAACGAAAAACCCAGAAAUUGAGAUUAAGCCUGGCUUGGAUUUACUCGGCCCGAUCAGACAAAAAUUCAUAUCAGUAUCAGAGUACAUGGAGCCAACCGACGAUGGUUUGAAUAGUCAAAUCUUCAUAUCGACGAGUUACGAUGCCACAACGCAUUUCGAAACCACUUGUUUAGACGUUCUCGAUAUAUUCAAGCGGGCCACUGGCGAAGAAUUCGACUUGGAGAAAGUAAAACAAAACUUGGGUGACGAAGACCAGUAACCGUAAUACAAUUACCAAGACUGGUUACUCUCGAAACUAGUUCAUCCAGAAUGAAAUAAAAAAAGAAAGGAAAAUGAGUGAGCAACGUAAUUUAACGCGUACCUACUGACACGUUGGUGUUUAUCCGAGUCUCGGUGGAGAUGCGAUCUGCUAGUAGAUCGAUGCCUAAUAAUUCUAGAUUCUCUUUCACGGAGAAUUGCAAAACAAAGGCAUUCUUCUUUGUAUUUUACUUUUCAAUUAUGUUCUAAUCUCAUUCUACUUUUGCAUUUACUAUCCCCUUUUGCAUUUUCGUCUAAAAUACGUACAUAGAUACAUUUUUCACAAAUAAUCGAUAUUAAACCUGUACCGUUUGUCAUUCGAACAUUUUCCACAAAUUUUGAACAGAUUUUUAAAAAAAAUACACCAUCUGUAUCUAUGCAUUUAUCGUAACUGAUCUUUUUUUAAAGGAUAAACGUAUUAACGUUGAUUAUCGCGACUUUAUAAAUGUAUUAUAUUUUCACUAUCAAAGGAACAAAUAAGGAUAUUGUUUAUCGAGAUUGUAUAUGUUAAAGAAACCUAUAAUUGUAUUGCUAUUUGCAGUAGUCGAAAAUGCGUUACAACACGAGGUACAAGAUUAGAGGUAAUUUUAAAAAAAAAUGAAUUCUACACGCAAGUAUCUAAAUUGCAUGCCGCGACCUAGAAUUAGAAAGUACGUCAUACUUCUGCACAUUUAGUUCUAAUAUUAUUUAAAAUUUUAAAUAUGUAUAUUAAACGGAAACGCAAAGUAAAUAUGCAUAAGUUAAAGCACUCGCAAAGAACAAUUGCCUGUAACAAGAAUUAUUACAGGAGGAAAUCUAUGUCGAACUAUUAGGAAAAAGAAGGUUGAAAAAGCGGCCAAGCAUUUAAAUAUAAAUUAAAUAGAUAUAUGUAUAUUCUUUCUCAUUCUCAGAUAUAUAAGAAUGAGAAUAUAGAAAUGAUGGAAUCGUUGAAACGUUGUUAUUUUAUGUGAGCUUGAGAACCAGAAUUUCCUUGUCCAAUAUUUAUGACACAAUCAUCGAUUAAGAGGGCGCGUCAACAAAAAGGAAAAAGACAAUUAUGCACGGAUACGCAUUGUUUUUGGAACUGCUAUACGUCUGCAUUUAUGUAUGCGAGAAUGUUUCGUUAAAGAGCGAUUGGCUAUUUCUCAGAAUUUUUAUUUUGCUUGCAUUCUUGCUUAAAACCGUGAACGCACCGCGAAUUUGCAUCACAUACGAAAUUCAUUGGAAGGCGGAUACAUGUUCUACCAUUACAUUAUCUAAAGUGUUAUUCACGUAACUGUAAUGUGACAGUCGUAAAAAAUAAACAAACGAUAUUGUAUUAAUUUCAUUA